AGCCAUUACUGCCAAGUGGAGCGCAUGCAUUUGUCCCGUGCGCCCGGGCUUCUUGCAGCUUUGACUUUGAAGCAUAUACAAGUGUGACUCCAGGGCUGUGAUGUACACCGCGAUAUACGAAGGCGCUGCUGAAGCUAUGAUGCCUGGAUCAAUGGUGGUUCCCUGGCCGCACCUGGAGCAGCCGCGCCUGCUGGGUGCGCUGGGCGCGGAGGUGUUCCUGCCGGGUGGCUGUCCGAGCCCGUGGGCGGGCAAGAAGACGAAGGCGCCGCCCGGCCUCCGGCGACGCGGGCGACCCAGCGCCGGCCCAGGCUACGAGCCCGGCCGCGUGCUGGCAGGCUGCGCGGACCUCGGGUCGCCGCUGCCGCGCCCCUUGGCGCUCCACGAGAGGCUUGCCAUUCCAGCUGACCUGGGCGGCGGCCACGCCGAGCGGACCAGCCCUGCCAGCGCCAAAGUCGCACAGGCUUCGCCGCCGCUGUCCCCAGAGCGCGCUCAGCAGCCUGGCAGCCCGGAAGUGCCCACGGAAGGAUCCCUGCUGCACAAUAUCGGCUGCAAGCCAUGCGCUUUCUUGAACAAGGAGGGCGGUUGCAAGACAGGUGCAGCUUGUAAGUUUUGCCACCUGUGCCAGCCCGAUGAGAAGAAGAUCCGUAAGAAGAACUGGAAGCAGAUGAAGAGGCUCUCGCGGGACUUUCGGCUUUUUCUCUUUACACGUGGAGGUCGGCAUCCAUACCUUGAGGCCGUAUCUUCUCAGGUCAGCAUGUCCAGUUGAAUUUCGACGCGUUCCAGCCAAAAGUCAGACUGUCAGAACCGCACCUUUUUUGAGAGAGUUCACGACGCAUGUGCCAAUCCAGCUCCAGUUGUCUUAAUCAAGACACAGGACUCCAUCCAUCGACUCCCCUGUGAUGCCGUGUCGCUCUGCCUCUGCACAGGCUGGAGGCCAUCUUGUCGGGGGCACCAGCAGACAACUGCAUGGACGCGCUUUCGAAUGAUUCGUUUGGCUAUAUUUUCCAGAGCGCAUUGUAGAUAGAGGCAUCUCGAGAUGCCCCUCGUCUUUCUUCCCAAUUCCGCUAGAGCACAGCCGGGAGUAGGCGCAGGAUAAGGAGGAGGAGUAUUAGGGAUUAGGAGCCGGGUCUAGUGAUUGUGAUGCUGGCAUCCUUGCCCAACAUUCCGACCGCGCGGCAUGCCACCUAUAAAUGCAGCAUGCCAUGACUGAAGGCCCAUUUGAAGUUACUGCGCGCUUUUAGCGAUGCGAGGCGACUCAGUUCUUGCUCCAGUGGUUGUAGUCUCAUAUUCCAAGUACAACGCAAACAAUAUCAGUCAUUCAUUAUUAUGCAUUGCCCAUCCACGCUGUCGUUCGUUUCUCUUCGCAAUGGGGGUUGUUGGUGUUCGGCUUCAGCGGUGGAGUGUGGCAUUAUUAUGUUUCGAGCUCGCUCAGUUCUCGUGUAGACAUUGCUCAUCUAUGUUGCGAGCGUCUGGUCUUCUGGCCUCAAGUGCGACAAUCAAACACAAAUUUGUUAUGCUCGUUAGCUUGCCAUGUGUAGUCGCUCACAAUCAGGCCUGCGAGGAGUGGUUUUGAGAAUACUCGUCGCAAUCAGGAUGUGCGGCAUGAUCUGGAGGGGUGCCACGCAAUACUCUUCUCCUCUCCACCGAUCCCCUUCCAAUCCACUCCACCAAUCCCUCCUCGUAGACUGAACGAGGUGAGGCCAGGCUACGCAUGUCUUGAGCUUGAAACACCAGCCAGGUGUACUUGGGGGCAGCUCCGGGUUUGGGCUGUGCGUCAGCAGCUCAGUUCAGGCCAAAACAGGCCCGGCGGGCUAAAACAAUGUGCGUUGGUGACGAUCAAGAAAGCCUAGCUUCUAAUCUCUGCCAGGGACGGGGGGUCGGCUGGGCGAGCUUGAGAUGUUGUAAGAUGGACGAAUCUGUGUCGGACUCCAAAGCGACAUCAACUUAUGACUCAUAUGCAGGAUCAGACUCUAAUUCCACAGCGCGAUAGAGAGGCAUCACAUCAACGAUGUGCUGAUGUGACUUUGGCGCUAGACCAGAGUCCGAGCCGACAUUUAUGUAUCAGGUGCAGUUUUAAAUGUAGUGUGAUGUGCACGGCUGGGAACAAGCCAGGCACCUUCGACAAGGAAAGCAUUCACGAGUUGAAUCUUAAGUUCGAGUUCCAGCUGAAGCCUUACCAUACGCAACCUAAAACUGGCACCAAUCAUCGACCUCCUGAUCUGACGCGGUCGGCUCAAUCUCAAGCUUAAGCCCGAGGCCCUGCUCAAUCCAAGACCCUGGCUCGAGCUCCCCAGCUCAAGCUCAAUCUCAAUCGUCUCUACGCCGCAACAGUCGUGCGGACACUAGCCUAUGCUAUGUUGCCGCAGCUGCAUCCAGGCUGGGCUUGAGCUCGUCUGGGAUAAGACCUGUAGACC